CCCAAUGUUGACUACUGGUGCGAUAAACCCCAGGUUUACCAGAAUAUGACAGAUCGCGAGUGGAGGGACCGGACUGUAGGCACCCGCGACCCCAACUACCAGUGCCGUCGAUAUGAUAACCCGGCCCUCGAGUGCCAGAGUUGGCAAUACGAUCACUCAUUCUGGCGCUCGUCUAUUAUCAGCGAAUGGAAUAUAGUGUGCAGUCGCGAAGGCCUGGCAUCGGCCACUCAGUCGGCAUAUAUGGUUGGCGUUAUGGUCACCGUUGUUGUGAUGGGACAGUUGUCCGACAAGAUCGGUCGUCGCCCCAUCAUAUGGGCCGGUCUUAUCAUUGAGCUCAUAGCCGGCCUGUCCUCGGCUUUCUCCGUGUCUGUCGAGCACUUCAUUAUAUCGAGAUUCGCUUUGGCUUACGGGGCCAGCGCUCGGUGGGGAACGGGAUUUGUUUUACUGCUGGAGACAGUGGGACCGCAAUAUCGGCCAGUGGUCGGUAUGGCCAUCGAGUUUGGUUGGGCGCUGGGCUAUAUCGUGCUGCCGGGCGCCGCCUACUUGAUCCGGGACUUUCGUUGGAUACAACUGGCCGUAACGCUGCCGGAAUUCGCCCUGCUACUAUGGUGGUGCGCGCUGCCCGAAUCACCAAGGUGGCAACUGACCCACGGCCACUACCAGGAGGCCGAGCGGGCCAUCAGGAGGGCAGCCGAGAUCAAUGGCCGGUCCACCGUCGACAUCGACGCCAAACUCCGUAAACUGAUGGACAAAACAAUCGCAGACAAAGAGCACGAUAUAGCGAAUAAAAAGGCCAAUUUGUUUGAUCUGUGCCGCUCCCGCACCAUGGUCAAGAAUACUGUUAUAUUGUAUUUUUCGUGGUAAGUUUUGCAUUGUGUUAAUUACU